CCACAACAUCAACAAAGCUACCGGGUCGAGGGGCUGUUUGUGUAGGCGAUUGGAGCAAAACAAGCACGACGCGCAUCGCAUUACCCCACGACCGCCGUCUCGGAUCGCGUCACGUGACGUCGCAUCUGUCAGCCACAGCUAGGCUCCGCCUCUGCGCCUCACUCCGACUUGUUCACCGUCUCGCACCCCAACCCCCGCCAUGGAUGUACCCGUCGUCAAGUUCAAGAAGCGAGGAGCAAAAGCUGCGCCCCGCAAAGUGGCCCCCCCGCCGCCGCAGUCGGAUUCGGAUUUCUCUUCAGACUCAGAAGGAGAGGGCGAGCAUGGCCGCGUGGUGAAGCGGCGAAAGGCCAACGACAACGCGCUCAAGGCGUCGACUGCAGACCAGAAAACGCAUGCGGCCGUCGAAGGUACAACACAAUAUGCGGCAAAUCGCUCUGCGGUGAUGGAAACGAGCAACGAUGCGACGAAGCAGUCAGACUGGUACGACGAAAAUGCCGAAGACGCUCUCAGCUCCAAGAAUCUGCUCGGUAGCACGCGAACGAAGCCCCACAACUUCAUCGAGAAGAACCCCGACGCACCCAGUCGCCAAGUAGGACCUAUGAAAGCAUCAACAAACAUACGGACAAUCACCGUUACAGAUUACACGCCGGAUGUGUGCAAGGACUACAAGCAGACUGGUUUCUGUGGCUUCGGCGACAAUUGCAAGUUUUUGCACGCCCGCGAAGACUACGCGGCAGGCUGGAAGCUAGACCGUGAGUGGGACAUGUCGACCAAAGGCAAGAAGCCUGGAGGUACUGUUGUCGCUUCUGCCAACAGGGACGAGAAGGAAAAGGAUCAAGACGGAACAGACCUUGCGCUACUCGAAAAGAUACCGUUUGUCUGCCUCAUCUGCAAGAAGCCCUACAAGAACCCUAUCAUCACCAAGUGUGGACACUACUUCUGCGAGCCUUGCGCUUUGAAGAGGUAUCGAAAAGACCCCACAUGUGCAGCAUGUAGUGCCAAGACAUAUGGUGUUUUCAACGGCGCAAAGAAUCUCCAGAAGCUGUUGGAGAAGAAACAGAAAUGGGAGGAUCAGAAAAAGGCCGAAGCAGAAGAAAAACUGAGAGAAGACGAGGGCGGCGACUGAGUCUGCUGGGUGACAGCACAGUGGAAAUAUUAACAAGUUGGUG